CAAUUCAUCAUUGUAGAUGGCGUAUUUAUAACAUUUCAGAUUGUUGUAAUGGCUCAAUGCUCUAAAACUUACACAGAAAUAUUAGAAAAAAUGUGAAUGUAAUCUGAACAAGACAAUUUACGUGACAAUGCAGGAGAGGUUUCAGAAGAUUGGUGCAUUGAUUUGAGUUGAAAAGUUGAUUGUAUCCAUCAAUAUAUGAGUGGAUUUCGUGAUGGACCUAAACAUUAUAACACGGGAGUCAUGGGGAGCCGCCAACGAGAUGGAACCGGGGAAGGAACUAAAACACCCUGCGAUGUACAUUUUCACAAUGUCCAUCAACAGAAAUCCGUGUGAUACAGUGUCGGAUUGUGCUGCCGAGAUACAGUCAACUCAGGCAUACCAUGUGUACGGGCAGAGCCAGCCUGACAUUAGGCACAAUUUUAUAGUGACGUCAAGUGGGGUGGUUUUUGAAGGACGUGGAUGGUACAUUCAACCCCUUUUACCCCAUAAAUUUAGAACCAUCAACCCAGAGAGCAUUUUAAUAGGUUACCAUGGAGGUGGACUAACAGCGGACACGAUGCCCAAGAAAAUGGCCAGGGCUGGUCAGCUUUUAGUUGAGUAUGGCGUAAAGAACGGAUUUAUUUCAAAAUUCUUUCUCUAUAAUGAUCAAAUGACUUACCAAUCACGAGCAAAAGAAAUGCGUGAAACACAUAGACUCGAACGAACUGCAAAUAGACGGAAUAUAUAUAACUAAAAGUAUUUAUUGUGAAAAUAGGUGUAGUGUAGUGGAACGAGAGGACCACUCUGUACAUAAACUAUAGAUUUUAUCCCAAAAUAUGUCUAAUAUUUAAUAUGUUUUUAGUAAACAUGAAAACCCAAACAAUUUCCUUUUUUACCCGAUAACUUUGUUUUGAUAAAUCCAUUUUUUUUACUAACAUGAGUAUGCAACUUAUUAAAAUGAGCCAUAUUAAGCUAUAUAGAUUUACUAGAUAAACAUUUACCAAGCAGAUGUAAUAAAAGAUUUUUGUAAUGCUGCAGUGAAAACUGAUAUCGAAACAUGCAUUUAGUGGGUCAAUGAGAUAACCAUAAA